AUGGCAAAAUUAAAAAAUAAAGGUCUCGACUUAUGGAAGGAGUCGAAAACAUUGAUGAAAAUAGAUACCAGCAAGGACUCGCUUGUGGGGGAGAGUCUGGGAUCGAAGAGCAAAUCGGGAUCACUUUUCAUCGAUGAGAACGAAGACCCUUGGACCGCACUUCCAAAACAUUUGAGGAAUAAGAAGAAAUUGACGUAUAUCAGGAUUCAUAGUUUGACCCAUGACCUUUAUUCUUCUUCCAGUGAUUUAAAGACGACAACUCGCUCCAUCCAAUUUUUCCUCCUCUUGUGGAAAGACUUCGUCACGGUGAAACGUUGCUGGGCGAGAACCUUGUGCGAAUGCUUCACGCCCGUCCUCGCCAUCGCCAUUCUCACGCUGAUUGUCUCAUUUUGGAAGGAAGAAACCCGAACUGCCAGCACGUAUCAAAGUUUCGGCGUCCAAGUCCCCCUCCAUAUGUUCAAAGGGUGCUCCAAAUUCGUCUUCGUUCCCAACGUUCCUGUCGUGUCGGACAUAAUGAGCGCAGUUAAGGUGGAAUUUAGUAAUAAUUAUACGUUUACUCUGGUUGACUAUGAGUCACAACUUUUAAAAAUGUCGGAUCGCGAUCUCUGUGCUGGAGUUGUCUUCAACUUCAAACCGACCGAGUUGUUGACACCAUUGUUACAAUUUGGACAAUUUAUUGACUACAAGAUUCGUCUCCCCGCUGUCCACCCCAGCUCCGCCGCGAUGAGUGCUAAGAACAAGAAGAAAAAGGGUUACACGGGUCACGUCAUGCGGGGGUCGUUGUGGCAAACGACUCAUAUUUAUCCCGUACAACUCAUCACGGGGCCGAGGAAUGAACAUGAGUCUACUGGAGGGUCCCCAGGCUAUUUCGACGAAGGGUUCCUUCUUUUGCAAACGCUCGUCGCGGAGAAGAUAAUUCAUAAUAUUUACAUUGACCGACUCUCGAGCACUACUUCCCUGGCGGAGGCAGAGGACAGCUACAACGCUCGAAUAGAACACCUCUUUCUCCAACUGAACCGAUUUCCCUUCCCGUCGUACAAAGAUAACAAUAUCGUCGCCCUCAUCCACGACAUCCUUCCGCUCACCGUUGUCGUCGCGUACAUGAUCCCCUUCAUGCUCAUGGUUUAUGGCUGCGUGGUGGAGAAGGAGUCUGGAAUUAGGUUACAAAUGAAAUCAGUCGGGAUUCCGAUACCUUAUCACAGAACGGUCUGGGUGAUACGAUGUCUACUACUUCACCUUCCACCGGCUAUGUUGAUCACUGCAAUUUUGGAUACGAACUGGUCGAAAUACAAAACGGAAGGAGUCCUUACCAAGACGAAUCCGGUCGUUUUCUUUUUUAUGAUGGCGGCAUACAUCUUCAAAACCAUAACUUCUUCGAUGCUGCUCGUCACAUUUUUUCGGAGAGCCUCCACUGCGACGACAUCGUGCUCCUUCGUCUGGAUCGCGUCUUAUAUUCCGUACUAUUACAUGAAGUCAAACUACAACGCGUUCCGCUUCUGGCAGCGAAUCUUUUGUUGCAUUUUGGGCAAUACUGGAAUUGCAUUAGGAUUGCAUCUGAUCUCUGAAGGCGAGGGUCACGGCGUGGGGAUCGAUUGGAUCAACCUGUUCCAAGUUCAAGGAACGGCGGCGAGGUGGUGGGACACUUUUACGGUCGGCUGGGUCGUCGUCAUCAUGAUCGCUAUCGGCAUUACAGAAUUAUUUUUGUCUCGCUACGUGCUGCGUCUCAUUCCAGAAAAAGGGUUGAGUGCCCUCCCCUGGAAUUUUUGUUUCAAAUGGUGGUACUGGAAGAAACUUCCCCCUCCGGAUGAAUCUGAGCGCCUUCCCGCCCAUAUUUUAAACGCACUCUCGCUGGAGGAGCGCUUCCCGGGAAACUUUGAAACGGAAUCGGCUGGCAAUGUGAAGCGUCGGAAGGAGCUUCAGUUAGAGCGAGUCACAAAAUACUACGGCAUGGAGAGAGUUUUACAUAAAUUUAAUUUGAACUGUUACGAGGGCGAUGUUACGGCGGUAAUUGGAGAGGCAGGAAGCGGAAAGAGUACCCUGUUAAAUAUUAUCGCAGGAAUAACACCCGCCUCGUCGGGUCAAAUUACCGUGAGUCGGCAGGACAUGGGAAAAAGUAGGGCGCAAGCGAUGAGUUUCGUGGGGUAUUGUCCCUCAGAAAACAUUCUUUAUCCGUGGUUAAGUGUAGAAGAGACGUUGGGGAUGUAUUGCAAGCUAAAGUGCACCGCUUCCAGAUUAAUCCAAUGGGACGAAGUGAACCGUUUCGUCAAAGCUGCAAUGCUCGAGGAGUACCGCACUUCUGUCGUCUACGAUUUGACACCAUCCGCCCAACGCGUGCUCAUGGUCGCGUGCGCCUUCAUCGGUGGCUCUCGCGUCGUUCUACUCGACGAGCCGACCAAACAUAUGACCGCACCUCAGAAGAAAAUGACGUGGGAGUUCAUCUCGCACAACAAACGCCAUCGUACCAUCAUCGCUGCCAUGUCGUGCAUGAACGAGGGCGACACUGUGGUCGAUAAGGUGGUCUGUUUGCAGCGAGGCGAGGCAAACUGUAACGGAUCGAUACGUUUCAUGCAACAAAAGUUCGAGGGUGGAUAUCAUAUAAUUUUGACCAAAUCUGCAAAAAAAUGCGACAUAGACGGAAUCCGGAAAUUGAUUUCGAGACGAAUCGGUGAAGCAUACCUAUCCCCUGGGGAUGAAAGUAGUGAACUGAUCUGCUUCCUUCCGGAGGAUAAGACGAGCGUAUUUCCCGUACUUUUCGACGAUCUGGACAGAGAGCAGGAAGCCUUGGGGAUAACUGGAUGGCAUAACACGUACCGGACGAUGGAUGAGGUAUUGGGAAACGUUCGUCGGAUCGCAAUGGAGACCGAUUACGACCCCGAACACCGCAAAGCCAUAUACAAAGGAGUCGAAGAGGUUAAAAUUGAUCAAAAUUACAAAAAGCUUGAAGGGAUUUCCUACCAUCUCCUUUGCUUUUGGCUCCUCCUCCUCAAAAACCUUCGAUUUAUCAUAAGACGCAAGAAAACUCUGCUCCUUACCACAAUCGUUCCCGUGAUUGUGACAGCAAUCAGUUUGACGGCGCUGAUGUACUCUCAUUUCGAAGUUGACCCUGUUCCACUGACGCUUAAUUUUGACCAUGAGGAUUACGUGGAUCCUGAAGUACUGUUAACGUGCCGAAAUGCUGUGGAUGAAGGCAUCUUCCUCUGUGAAAGUGUGGAAUCUACUUUUAGGACAAAAUAUCCCAAAGCAAAUGUCAAAACGUUGUCCAAUCAGUCGAUCCAGGAUUACGUAUUGGACCACUAUAAAGAUGAUGUCCGAGAAGAGGACGCGCCCAUUUUGGGGAUCGAAGUUAGAAACAAUUCGCACCAGAAGAAAUACAUUGAAAUAGUUGGUCACUUCAACAAUCAACCGUUACACAUUGCUCCCAUUGUGCUGAAUAUUGUUGAUAAUGCUUUACUCGAGUAUAUGAUGACGUACCUAAACACGCUGUAUCCCUCGUUUGCCAAAUCACGUGGUUUUUGGAAUUACACGUUGACAGUGAUCAAUGAACCACUCCCGUUCACGCCGGGGGAUCAUAUCGCUUUUGCAGGGAUGUUUACAGGGGUCGGAUUCGUACUUGGGAUAGCGAUAUCGUUCGGAUUCGCAUUUUUGGUCUCGUCAUUUGUCAUUUUGCAAGUGCAGGAGAAAGAUUUCAAACAUUUGCAGAUGCUCGCUGGUGCUUCUUCCUUAUCCUUCUGGUCAGCCAACUACCUCACCAACUUUAUCCACUUUAGUGCUUCAGCGGGCCUCGUGUUUGUCGUGGUGUGGGGAUUUUCUACCAAUUUGGAACAUUUUGAUAUUCGUGACUGUCUCAUCCUCUUCAUUCUCCUGCUCGGUUAUGGAGCGACGAGCGUGUUUUUCGUUGGGGUGUGGUCUCUUUUGCCCUCAAUGGGUUAUGGAGUCGCCUUCAGUCGCACCUUGUUGUUUCAAAUCCUGACCGGACCGCUGUUCAUGUUGGUGACGAUGGCGAUUAGCGACCCAUCCGUACACACGCCAGGGAUAGUGAUGUCACUGACGGAGAAUAUUUUUCUAUUUUUCCCUUCGUACUCCUUGUCGAUGGGGGUGUUUUACAUCUUCUCGAAUGCUGUAUUGAGGUUUCAGUGUGCAAGGGUCCCCGAGUUCACUGCUCCUGGAGCCUGUGAUAAGCCCGAGUUUGCCAGCCGUACACCUUUGAAUGAGUUUGAACGACAAGUUGGCAACGAGGCGUUGUGGGCGUGUUGCAUCAACGACCGGCUGAGCUUCGACCUGUUGGCAUACGGCGUUGGAGAGAAUCUUGGCUGCAUGUGUGUCGUGCUCGGCCUCUGUUUCCUUAUCCGCGUGGCGAAGGAGUCGGUAGUGUGGACGUGGUUGAAGAAGGGCGUCGCCAAGUGCGCAAUGCUCACUUGGGAGCGUUACGACUCUUUUGAACAUGAAAUCUACGACUAUGACGUGCUAAGCGAAACGUUGAGGGUGCUCCAUACGGAAGUAGAUGACGAAGACUUGGUUAUUCGAAAUUUGACGAAAGAGAUCCCCGGUUCCAAGAAGGUGGAUAAUCUCUGCAUGAAGGUGGAGAAAGGGGAAUGCUUCUGUCUCCUUGGUGUCUCCGGGGCUGGAAAAACGGCCGUUCUACGCAUGCUUGUCGGCGCCAGGAUGCCCACUUCCGGCGAUAUUACGGAAGCUGGCCUCUCACUGAGGAAGAAUUAUCCAAAAUAUAUCCGCAAAUUCGGCUACUGCCCGUACGAGUCGCCUUUCUUGAAGGAACUAACCGGCCAAGAGGUCAUAAAAUUGAUUGGAACAUUACGUCGCAUCCCGCGCCAAGUGCUGGAAGGACUGAUAACGAACUUGAGUCUGAAACUGCUCUUUUUACACGACUUGGACAACGUGAUUUCGACUUAUUCCGCUAAUUCGGUGAGGAAGCUCAGUGCGGCCGUGGCGAUGAUUGGCGACCCGAGUGUCGUGGCUUUAGACGAGCCGACGAAUUCUAUCGAUCUCAUAUCACGAGAGCACUUAUUUAAGAGCAUUAAGGGAAUGGUGGACAGGGGGAGUAUUGUCGUGUUGGCGUCGAGGAGGUGA